CAUCGCUGCUCUGUCCGGACUCCGAGAGUUGAGUACCAGGAGUUACUGUAAUCUUCGAGCAGGGUGCUAUUCGCAGCACGAGCAGCAUGGUAACAGCAGCCGUCCAGGGCAUGAGGCGUCGAACGAUGCUCGCGAAGGCCAGCUGCCCUACGUCGGUGGCGGUCAUGUGGUCCCGCUGUGUGAAAGCACGCCCGCAGUUAUUACCUGCCGCGCGUUUUGCCUCUCGUCCUCGAACGCGCUCUCAAUAUUCGCCACUACAAUUCUAGCGUAGAUAUGCGACACAGCUUGUAGUAACGUGCGCAGACACCCUCCAGCCAAAUGUCCAUCCACGGCUGUCCGGGAACCAAGUCAUUCUUCUCACGCAAAUUGAGACGUUUAAUCACUCGCUUGCACGCACGUUCUUCUCAGCCCUGUCGUAAGCUUUUGCGUUCUUCGGGUCUGCGUCAGGCGCACACAAUUUACCUUGAUAGCGGGCGCAUUAUUUAACGCGAGAUGCGGCCCUCGAAGACACUCUGGGGACCCCUCUUCGUCUCUGCCAGCGUCCAGCAAUGCGCAUCCUGAGCCUUGCAAUCCUGGUGCUCUACACCGGCUUUGCGGCUUCUGCAGCUACCAGCGGCAGUCCCGUAUCUGCCAACUCCAGCAGCGGCCCCUUGGUUCUCGGUCCCUCGUCCUUCGCCGUCCCCGGUGUCUUCCCCACGUCCGUGUAUUCGUCUUACUACAACAACCCUACUGCGAUCUCUGCCCAACCACAACCGGUUAUCUCAGAUCCUGUGACGCAUGUUGUGUAUCCGCUUGCCUUGACCGACCCCGACCAUAUUCCUCAAAACGAUACCAAAGACCCCCACCCUCUUCCCCCCAAAGCAUCAGAGAAUCAGCUGUUUGCCAAUGCCGUCGAGCAGGUCAUUUCCAUCUCCGAGAAUCCCGUCUUUGCAAACAACAGCUGUGCCGCAUGCCAGGCUGCGCUGGAGAUCGGAAAGUUCCUGUCGAUGGCUGCCCCGGAACAAGGCCCAGCUCUCGCUGUCGCUUUAUGUCACCAUUUCAACUUCAACAGCGAUUGCGACACCAUGUACGGAAAGCUCGGUAUCGGUCCGACUAUCACCCAGGUGGUUGCCAACGCGGAUGUGGGCGGAUACGAUGGUCAGAUGCUUUGCGCGAACUUCCUUUCGCUCUGCCCCCUGCCGCCGGUCUCUCCUCUGAACCUUACCGGUUGGUUCGCCAAGCCUAAGCCUGAUCCGCUUCCUCCUCCGAAGCAACCUAGCGGCGAGAGGCUUAAGGUCUUGCACCUUUCCGAUUUCCAUAUCGAUCCUCGCUAUGCCACCGGUACUGAGGCAAACUGCAGCUCCGGCCUCUGCUGUCGUACAAAUGUCCAGAACAACCAGAGCCCGAACGUUACCGUUAGGCCCGCGCCUAGAUACGGGUCUUUCCUCUGCGAUACCCCGUACUCCCUGGCCCUCGCUGGUCUGCAGUCCAUCCCUGUUCUCGCAAACACCGUGAAAACCGGCUUCGACUUCAUGAUCUACACCGGUGAUCUCGUUUCCCACGACCCAGACCACCAGAUGGACCGGGAUUACAUCAGAUACACUGAGGUCGUGUUGUACGAUCUUUUCAAGCGUAUACUAAAUGCUGGACCGGUGUACCCAUCGCUCGGAAAUCAUGAUACUUACAACCAAGCGCAGGAUGCCCCGCAUUCCCUAAACCCUCCUCUCGCCGACCAAUUCCAAUGGAAUUACGACCAUGUCGCAUCGCUGUGGGAGCACGAGGAAUGGCUGCCGGAGGCCGCAAUUGCUGAGGCCCGCACGCACUACGCUGGGUACAUGGUACGCCGCAUGGACGGCCUGCGGAUCAUCUCGCUCAACACCGACAUGUGGUACCAGGCGAACUACUUCAACUACAUUAACAUGACGACGCACGAUCCGUCCGGCAUGCUACGCUUCCUGACGGAUGAACUCCAGGCCGCUGAAGAUGCUGGCGACCGUGCCUGGAUCAUAGGCCACGUUCUACCCGGCUGGGAUGGUACCAAUGCUCUCGGUAACCCGACCGAUCUCUUGUACCAGAUCGUCGACCGCUUCUCGCCUCACGUCAUCGCCAACAUCUACAACGGCCACACUCACGAGGACGAGUUGUCUAUUUUCUACUCGAACAAUGGCACCGUCAUGAACAGCAGCACUGCUCUUACCCCUAACUGGAUCACGCCCUCCUUAACGCCACUCACCAACCUUAACUCUGGCUUCCGGGUGUACGAGGUUGAUUCGAACACCUUUGAUAUCCUCGAUGCCCACACCUGGUUUGCCGACGUGAACGCCUUCCCUGAGCUCGACUCGCAGAUUGAAUUCGGCCCCACCUACCAGUACGAAUAUAGCACCCGCGAGGCGUACGGUGGUAACAUCACGGGCUGGGGCCCGAACGACCCGCUCAACGCGACCUGGUGGCAUCUGGUUACCGAACAGAUGGAGUUAAACUCGACCCUGGUCAACAUGUUUAACACGUUCCAGGGCAAGACCGCUGCACGUACCACGCCCUGCACUGGCGACUGCGCUACCGCGAGGAUCUGCUACAUGCGCAGCGGCAGCGCUGCGAUCGCGCGUCAGAACUGUAUGCCCGGCUUCGGCUCGGUGCAGAGCGACUGAGUGUCGUCUCCCUCAAGCGCGGAUGCCUGCGAGAGGCAUUGAUCACACUCAGUUCGCUGGACUUUAAACGUGUUGUAGUGUUUGAGAUGAAUAUAUGCAGAAUUGAGGUUCUCGUAGUGCAUGUAAUGGUGUACCAAGAGGAGGAAAAUGAAUAUACCACAUCGACAAAAAUUAAAGUGGUUCUAUACGACUAACACAACUAGUCCUUGGUAAUCAGUGGAGCAUCACCAUUCAACGCCCUUCGCGACAAUCCUAUUCCUUCCCUCACCGCUGCAGCCACAAAUAACCCUGUCUUCAGAGCGUCACACGGGGACGCAUGUAUCGAAAGAACGCCAAGCCGUGAGCUUCUUCACUUGAGCGGCGCGUUGCUGGUGGACGGGUCGGGCAGCUGGCCGCGGCCGUCGAUAAGGUUGCCCAUUUUCGCGGUGUUGAACUGGACGCGGAACGCGUCAAAGCCGUUGGCCAUCCGUGGGUGGUACCGCUCCAUUCGCGCCCUGCGCCACGGCGGCGGGAUGCGAGAGAAGUGCGAGGUCAUGUCUCCUGGGUCCGCCGUCGGCAUGCUGAGCACGACCAUGUCCGCCCGCGUGGUCGUGCUAAGAUGAGCGGAUGCUUGCAGGUUGUCGGGGAGCGGGGGAGGCCCGCCUUUCGAGCUGUCGCUGUACGGCGCCCUCGCGGCCGUGUCCAACGUCCGCGACAGAGGCUGGAACGAGACGUCUGUCUCGGGGCUUUUAUCUCGCAUCCACCUUGGCUCGUGGGACAUAGAGGCAUCUGCGGUUCUCAAACGGCUGAUACGCGCCGUUGGACUAG